AUGAUUGCAGAAGAAGAAGAGGACGACAUUGGAACCUGGGAUGGAGAAGACAAGUUUGAGUUUAUGCUGGCAGGUCCUGGUAAUCAAAUCCCAACUGAAAAGCAAACACGUGCUGCAUGCAAACAGGUCAUGGAUGCUGUGGUACCUCCGGAACCCGCGUAUCCCAAAGGGAAGCAAGCAGAAAUGAGUAAAGCUAAGGAUUUUUCUCAGAUCCCAUCUAUUCUUAAACGUCCGGCUAACUCUGGAUUGCCAAACAACGUGCCUAGCUCUACUUCCAUUCAACCUGUCCCAAUCCCGUCAAUUAAUCAACCUUCUGCCGAAAUGAAUCCAUCAAUUUCUGUCAAACAAGCUCAACCCAAUGUCCCAAUUAGGGCAAAUCCAACGGAAAAUCCCGAGACUGUGCAACGACAUGAGGUUUUUAAUCCGACCAAUGAUGAUCAAAUCAUGGAAGAUGUCACUCCUAGUCCAGAACGUGGCAAAUCAGUUACCAAGCCACGUGCAGCGCCUCAGAAACGUGUCUCUGACAUUUCCCAAACUGUUGACACUAUGGCCAUUCUCAGACGAUGCCUUAAUCAACCCGUUAAUGCUAUAUUUGGUGAGUUACUUGGAGUUUCAAAGGACCUUAGGACCCUUCUUAUCAAUAGCAUCAAAGGCAAAACCCUUACUGUUGACGAAUUCAAAGCUUCAUUGGCAAACGGCAACUUAAAGCUUUCCGAUAAGGAAGUUCUAGACAUCAUUCGCAGUGCCGAAAAGGAUGUAUCUGUUCAAUACAUGCACAAGACCAAUUCAGUCGAAUCCCUUCACGCUCACAAGCCCCUUCUUCAAAUCACAUUAAUGUGUAAUGGUCACAAACUCAAUGUCUUGAUUGACAGUGGAUCUACGCAGAACAUUCUAAGUGAACAGGCUUGGAAGAAGAUUGUCAGGUUGCCAAUGGACAGCUGGAAUACUAUUGUUAUGGUCGAUAUUCAUGGCGGCAAAUCCCACAUGCUUGGAUUCAUUGGAAAUGUUCAACUUGAUAUUGGUACAGUCAGGACGUGUGCUCAUUGCUAUGUAUCCAACAAAGUCCAGUUUGAUAUACUCUUGGGACGUCCAUGGACCCGUGACAACUAUGUGGACAUUCUAGAACAACCCGAAGGGACCUUCAUUGCCUUCUAUGACAUCAAAGAUCCUAUACGUGAGCAGAAAUUUCUUGUGACACCUGAUACUCAGCACGACCGGCGUUACUUCACGGAUACCAUUUACAACAAGACCCCCCACACAAUGUUAGCACACAACAACCUCUCCUUAGCUAAUCCGGUGAAGAUCAAAGGAAAGAGUGGUCCAGACUGGAUAGGACGAAACCUUCUCCUAAGUUUCUUAAGGGAGGACGCUGCCUAG